AUGUGCUUCCACCUCGAUCUGGAAACCUGCAUUGCUUUGGCUGAUACAAGCACUCUAUUCAAAAGUGCUAUCCGUAAGGCUGAGAAUACGCUGAUUCGUGACAAGGUCCAGACUCGUAUUCCUUGGGCUACUUCUCUUGAAGCACAUGAGUCGGAGUACACGUCGUGGUUCGACUAUGGACGAGUCGUGGUGUCCCGAGCAAGGAGAUUCAGCUCGAAUGCCGCGUCCUGGGCAUGUGCUGACAACCUGGACUCGAUUCCGCGGUCCGAUCUCACGUUCAUUGACCCUGUGGAUGCCCAAGGUCGAGUGGACUUUCAGCCUUUAUUUGAGGGUGCCUUUUUGAUGCCCUUCAUUCUCCAGCGUGACGGGCUCAGUGUGUUUCACUUGCAGGGCAACUGUAUCUUUACCGACUACGUAUCGUUGAACCUCAAGACUUUCAAGGUCCAGCAGGCGGCCAUCAAGACCGAGCCACUUCACACUCCGAAGAAGCACGCUCUUUUCACGCCUCGAGGAACAAAGAUGUUCGUCAACAACGACCACGCCUCCAUUCAGUUUGUGGAUGAAAACGACCGCGUGCUGUGGAUCAAGGACGGCGAGACUAAUGUGUUUGUGGAUAAGUCCUGUGCCUUCAAAACUGAAGACGGUAUCCUCAAAUACGACCGCGAACAUUUUUCCAGCAUGGUUUCGUCUUUUGAGCCGGGCUUUGGCAAGCUUCUGGGUGGUGGCGCUGGAUUUAUUGGGCUUCUGCGCUCUGGUUCACAGUAUCAAGUGUGUUACUUUGACGCGGUGGCAGACCGCCGACAGAAAUACUGUUUGACUUCUUUCUCGGCAGAUGAACGCGUGCUCAAAACAAUGGAGGUUGUCGUGUUCAAUGGAAUGCUGCACAUCAACCUGUUCAACACCAUGGUUCCUUUCUGA